AUGAAUAUUCCACUCUCUGAGAUAAUCUUUGUUUGCCAGCUCAGGAAGUCAUCUACCUCCAGUAUCCUUCGGACUAUCUGGCACGAAAAAGACUGUAUCCUGAAAGUCUACCAUGCAACUAAACCUUCACCUGCCGAUCCUCCCAACCGCGAAAUCAAUCCCUUUAAAUGUGAAAGUACUGCCUUCGUACGACUACAAGAGUUCGGCUUAUGCGCCCGAGGCUCCAUUCCGGAUUUCUACGGUAUCAUCGAAAAUAUCAAGCCAGUUCCACCGUAUAUGAAAGAUUUCCUGGAAGAUGCCUUGCCUCCUAAUGCUGUUUUGAUGGAGUAUAUACCAGAUAUGCAGUUUAUCACUCCAUCUUUAUAA